UGUCUCUGUGUGGAGCUCCAGCUGAAGGUUUGUUAGCAUGGAUCAGUGUGAGGACAGAGGAACCACUCUGAGUGGGGAACAGGACCUCCAGACCAAAGCUCAGAGGAUCCAUCAGAGACCAGACUCUCCUGAACCAGAACCCAGCUGUGUGUCCUUCAAGAGUGACCAGUCUAAGGAGGAGCCACUGUGGUUUAAAAAUCAAGUUUCUCCAACAGCAGAGACCAUCCUGAUACUGGACUCUGAUGAAUCUGAACCGGGACCCAGCUGUCUGUCCUUCAAGAGUGACCGGUCUAAGGAGGAGCCGCUGUGGUUUAAAAAUCAAGUUUCUCCAACAGCAGAAGUGGACCAGGAGAGAUCCGAGGUUCUCAGUGAUUACCCAGAAUGCUCAGAGAGUCAGAAGGAGGAUGAGGAUGAAGAGCAGAGGAGGAGCAGAGAGGCAUUUCUGAAGAUCACACUGCACUUCCUGAGGAGAAUGAAGCAGGAGGAGCUGGCUGACCAUCUGCAGAGCAGAAGUCCAGCAGGAGUUUGUAAACAUAAACUCAAAUCUAAGCUAAACAAGAAGUUCCAGUGUGUGUUUGAGGGGAUUGCUAAAGCAGGAAACCAAACCCGUCUGAACCAGAUGUUCACAGAGAUCUACAUCACAAAGGGAGGGACUGCAGAGGUCAAUGACGAACAUGAGGUUAGACAGAUUGAAACAGCAUCCAGGAAACCAGACAGACCAGAAACAACAAUCAGACGAGAAGACAUCUUUAAAACCCCACCCGGAAGAGAUGAACCAAUCAGAACAGUGAUGACAAAGGGAGUGGCUGGCAUCGGGAAAACAGUCAUAACACAGAAGUUCACUCUGGACUGGGCUGAAGGCAAAGCCAACCAGGACAUCCAGUUUACAUUUCCAUUCACCUUCAGAGAGCUGAAUGUGCUGAAAGAGAGAAAGUACAGCUUGGUGGAACUUGUUGAUUACUUCUUUAGUGAAACCAAAGAAGCAGGAAUCUGCAGGUUUGAAGAGUUCUCGGUUGUGUUCAUCUUUGACGGUCUGGAUGAGUGUCGACUUCCUCUGGACUUCCUCAAUACUGAGAUCCUGACUGAUGUUAGAGAGUCCACCUCAGUGGGUGUGUUGCUGACAAACCUCAUUAGGGGGAAUAUGCUUCCCUCUGCUCAGCUCUGGAUAACCACUCGACCUGCAGCGGCCAAUCAGAUCCCUCCUGAGUGUGUUGACAUGGUGACAGAGAUCAGAGGGUUCACUGACCCACAGAAGGAGGAGUACUUCAGAAAGAGAUUCAGAGAUGAGGAGCAGGCCAGCAGAAUCAUCUCCCACAUCAAGAAAUCACGAAGCCUCCACAUCAUGUGUCACAUCCCAAUCUUCUGCUGGAUCACUGCUACAGUUCUGGAGGAUGUGUUGAAGACCAGAGAGGGAGGAGAGCUGCCCAAGACCCUGACUGAGAUGUACAUCCACUUCUUGGUGGUUCAGUCAAAAGUGAAGAACAUCAAGUAUGAUGGAGGAGCUGGGUCGGAUCCACACUGGAGUGCAGAGAGCAGGAAGAUGAUUGAGUCUCUGGGAAAACUGGCUUUUGAGCAGCUGCAGAAAGGCAACCUGAUCUUCUAUGAUUCAGACCUGACAGAGUGUGACAUUGAUAUCACAGCAGCCUCAGUGUACUCAGGAGUGUUCACACAGAUCUUUAAAGAGGAGAGUGGACUGUACCAGGACAAGGUGUUCUGCUUCAUCCAUCUGAGUGUACAGGAGUUUCUGGCAGCUCUUCAUGUCCAUCUGACAUUCACCAACUCUGGAGUCAACCUGCUGUCACAAGAACAAACAACAUCAACACAGUUCUACCAGAGUGCUGUGGACAAGGCCUUACAGAGUCCAAAUGGACACCUAGACUUGUUCCUCCGCUUCCUCCUGGGUCUUUCACUGGAGACAAAUCAGACUCUCCUACGAGGUCUGCUGACAAAGACAGGAAGUAGCUCAGAGACCAAUCAGGAAAUAGGCGAGUACAUCAAGGAGAAGAUCAGUGAGAAUCUGUCUGCAGAGAGAAGCAUCAAUCUGUUCCACUGUCUGAAUGAACUGAAUGAUCGUUCUCUAGUGGAGCAGAUCCAAUGGUCCCUGACAUCAGGACAUCUCUCCAUACAUAAUUUGUCUCCUGCUGAGUGGUCAGCUCUGGUCUUCAUCUUACUGUCAUCAGAAGAAGAUCUGGACGUGUUUGACCUGAAGAAAUACUCUGCUUCAGAGGAGGCUCUUCUGAGGCUGCUGCCAGUGGUCAAAGCCUCCAAAAAAGCUUUACUGAGUAUCUGUAACCUGUCGGAGAGAAGCUGUGAAGCUCUGUCCUCAGUUCUCAGCUCCCAGUCCUCUAGUCUGAGAGAGCUGGACCUGAGUAACAACAACCUGCAGGAUUCAGGAGGGAAGCUGAUCUCUGAUGGACUGGAAGCUCUGUCCUUAGUUCUCAGCUCCCAGUCCUCUAGUCUGAGAGAGCUGGACCUGAGUAACAACAACCUGCAGGAUUCAGGAGUGAAGCUGAUCUCUGUUGGACUGAAGAGUCCACACUGCACACUGGAGACUCUUAGUCUGUCAGGCUGUCUGAUCUCACAGGAAGGCUGUUCUUCUCUAGUCUCAGCUCUGAGCUUCAACCCCUCCCAUCUGAGAGAGCUGGACCUGAGCUACAAUCAUCCAGGAGACUCAGGAGUGAAGCUACUGUCAGCGGGACUGGAGGAUCCUCUCUGGAGACUGGAAACACUCAGGGUGGAGCCUGCUGGAGUCAGAUGGUUGACACCAGGUCUGAGGAAGUAUUCCUGUGAAGUCACAAUCGACACAAACACAGUGAACAGAAGCCUCAAACUGUCUGACAACAACAGGAAGGUGACACAUGUGGAGGAGUUUCAGUCAUAUCCUAAUCAUCCAGAGAGGUUUCACUCCAGUCCUCAGCUGCUGUGUAGAGAUGGUCUGACUGGUCGCUGUUACUGGGAGGUUGAGAGGAGAGGAGAUGUUGAUAUAUUAGUGAGUUACAGAGGAAUCAGGAUGAGAGGACUGAUGGCUGACUGUGAGUUUGUAGGGAAUGAUCAGUCCUGGAGUCUGGAAUGCUCUGAUGGUAGUUACUUUGUCUGGGACAAUAACAGACAAACAUACACCUCCUUCUCCUCCUCUGUCUAUGAUAGAGUAGCAGUGUAUGUGGACUGUCCUGCUGGCUCUCUGUCCUUCUACACCGUCUCCUCUGACUCACUGACCCACCUCCACACCUUCAACACCACAUUCACUCAACCUCUCUAUCCUGGGUUUAGGAUCUGGUAUCCUGGUGCCUCAGUGUCUCUGUGUUCUUUGUAGGACGGAGAGUCUCCUCCUGUUUCUCACUGCUGAUCAGUUGAGUCUGUACAGGAUCACACUUACAGAAAUAUUUCAGGUUAUUGUUAUGAACUAAUGAAUGAACUUUGUAUAAAAUAAUUCAAAAUGAUUGAACAGAUUCCUCGUGAAAAUUGUAAACUUCUUCCACUUCCAGUCCUUUAAAGAUGGAAGCUGUGAUCAUGAAAUUGUAGAAAUGCUGUUGACUUGUUUCAUGUUUUGUUUUGAAUUCUGUCUAUUUUCACAA